GCAACCAGUCUUAGGAUUUUUCAUUUUUUUUUUCCUUUCAAAACUUCCUUUUUGCUUGAACUGCCACCGUCUUCACCAUCACUCCAAAGCUCCCGCCUUUUUCCCACAAAACCCCUCCAAAACCCAUUUUUGCCUUUCGAUUGAUCUCACUCUGUCUCUGCGCGCGUUUCUCCGCUUUCCGCCAUGGCUGCGAGCAGAGACCAAGCUCAGAACAUCCUCUUCACCAAACAGCCCUUCGUCGAAGAUGUUGGGCCGCGGAGAAUAAAAAGUAUGCAGUUCACUGUUCAAUCCGCGUCCGAGAUUAGCAAAAUGGCCGAAGUUCAAGUCUGGAAAGGCCAGUAUUACGAUCCCAAUCGCAAACCUGUCGAAGAUGGCUUAUUGGAUCCCCGCAUGGGCCCUGCAAAUAAAUUUUCGGAAUGCGCAACAUGUCAUGGGCGUUUUUCAGAUUGUCCGGGGCACUAUGGAUACUUGAAGCUCGCUCUCCCGGUGUACAAUGUUGGAUAUUUAAGUACCAUAUUGGAUAUUUUGAAGUGCAUUUGCAAGUCUUGUUCUCGUAUUCUUCUAGACGAGAAACUACGUAAAGACUUCUUGAAGAAGAUGAGAAGCUCUAAAAUGGAGCCUCUGAAGAAGGGUGAGUUAAUGAAGAAGAUUGUAAAGAAGUGUAACAGUAAAGCAGUGAAGUGCUCCAAGUGUGGAUAUAUUAAUGGUUUGUCUUCUAUCUUUGCUUUUGAUGCUUUUAUCAUCUCUAAAACCGUCGUCAAGGAAAAUGAAUCCUCCAUUCCGUCUGAUAAGCCACCGGUGCAUUUCACUUACGUGAGGAGGAAUAAAAGGCAAGGGCAAAAAGGGAAUUCUGUAGAGGGGCCGCCUAAUGUAGAGGAAUAG